AUGGACUGUACAGGUAAAAUUCUAAAGCUAAUAGCAAAAUCAUAUUCAAAUUUGGAGUAUCUUAAUAUAUCUGCUAUACGUGGAAGUUUUAAUUUGGAAAAUGAUAAAGGCCUAUGUGCAAUCACGAAUUCAUGUUAUAAAAUAGAAUGUCUGAACAUUUCUAGACGUACAGAGUUUUCUGAAACAUCAAUUUGUAGUGUUAUUCGUUCUUGCCCAAGGCUCCAGCAUCUUGACCUCAGCUUUUGUAAAAUUACCGAUAUAACUAUCAAAGAAAUUGCUGGUUCGUGUCUUAACAUAAAGUACCUCAAUUUGGAAGGGUGUAAUAAUAUUAGCAAAGAAGCCAUAGAUCAGCUCGUUUCACUUAAUCCAAAUAUCCAUGUUGAGAAUUUCAUGCCGAUUCGGGUACCUUCCCUAGAUGUGAUCCGCGAACUCGCAAGGAGUCUGGGGAUACCACAUGAUGCACCAAGAGAUGUUGCAUCCUUAGAUAAUUUUAUUAUCGACAAAUUAUCAAGGAGAUUGAGUGAACGUUGUAUUCUAGCUAGACUAUCGCUCUGA